CGUAAAGGUCUUAGUGAGACGAAUGAAGUAUCCAUUAUUUAUACUCACUAAUUUAAAAAAAAGUGUAAAAUCCUUCACAAAUUUUAACACCUUUCAUUUAAUUUUACUUAAAUUGAAUGAAAGCCUUAUACUUUCAAAAAAAUGUACUCCGGUCCGAGUCUCCUCUGUGAUCUACUCCGUAUGUACUUAAGAAAGUGGACCCCUUAACUUAUCUUCUUCCAUCUAAAAACAUGAAGAACAACGUGGUAGUUAAACUAUAAAAGGCCCAUCUCUCCCAAGUUCCAACCUCAACUUGCUCCCCGGCCCGGUUCACCCAACUUCCUCAAGGAGAGGUCAUGGGAGAAACCAUAAUGGCCUCCGGUCCGAGUCUCCUCUGUUUCCUCAUUUUCUCCCUCAUCCUCUCGAACGCCGACCCGGUCCAUCCCAGAACCCCCGGUCCGGUCUACGCCUGUGACAUGGAGAAAACCCCGGCUUUGAAGGCAAUGCGGUUCUGCGACCCUGCUCUGGACGUGAAGACCCGGGUCGCGGAUCUCGUGGCCCGGUUGACGAUGCCGGAGAAGAUAACGCUCCUGGUCAACACGGCCGGGAAUGUUAGCCGGCUCGGGAUUCCGGGCUACGAGUGGUGGUCGGAGGCGCUACAUGGGCUCUCUGAUACUGGGCCGGGCGUGAAGUUUUCCGGCCCAAUUCCGGCCGCCACCAGCUUCCCUCAGCCCCUCCUCACUGCUGCUUCUUUCAAUGUCACCUUGUUUCACGCCAUUGCCAAGGUGAUUUCGACGGAGGCGAGAGCAAUGCACAAUCUAGGAUUGGCAGGGCUGACGUAUUGGUCCCCAAAUAUAAACAUAUUCCGGGACCCGAGGUGGGGCAGGGGCCAGGAAGUCCCGGGGGAGGACCCCACACUCACCUCCAAGUACGGGGUCGCCUUCGUCCGCGGCCUACAAGAGAGGGAAGAACAUGGCGGCGGCGGCGAGGACAAGCUCAAAGUGGCCGCCUGUUGCAAGCAUUACACGGCGUACGAUCUGGAGGACUGGAAGGGGAUCCAGCGGUACAAUUUCAACGCCGCCGUAACGGAGCAGGACAUGGCCGACACGUACCAGCCGCCGUUCGAGCGUUGCGUGCGCGAGGGAAAGGCGGCGAGCGUCAUGUGCUCGUAUAACCAGGUCAACGGCAAGCCCGCCUGCGGCGACUUUGACCUUCUUGCCGGCGUUAUCCGAGGCCAGUGGAAAUUGAACGGGUACAUAGUAACAGAUUGUGACUCUUUCAAUGCCAUGUACAAUUACCAGCACAUGACCAAAACGCCAGAAGAGACUGCAGCUUUAGGCUUGAAAGCAGGGGUGGAUCUAAAUUGUGGGCCAUUCCUGGCCCAGCACACACAAGGGGCAAUAGACCGGAAGCUAGUGAAGGAAUCUGAAAUAGACCGAGCCGUUUCCAAUAAUCUGGCCACUUUAAUGAGACUCGGGUUCUUUGACGGCGAUCCAAGAAAACAAUUUUACGGCAAUCUUGGGCCCGCUGAUGUCUGUAGUCCGGCCCACCAGGAGCUGGCCCGUGAAGCCGCGAGGCAAGGCAUUGUCUUGUUGAAAAACGACGCCGGAUCCCUCCCCCUUUCCCGCAGCUCUGUCAAGUCCUUGGCGCUCAUUGGGCCCAACGCUAAUAACCCACACACAAUGCUUGGAAAUUAUGAAGGCAAACCAUGCAAGUACACAAGCCUAUUACAAGAUCUAGCAGCAAUGGUGAAGACAGACUAUGCACCCGGGUGCGACGACAUCAAAUGCGGGACCCACCUCCUCUUGGACGACGCGAAGAGGAUAGCGUCUGCAGCCGAAGUCGUGGUCCUGGUCAUGGGUUCGGAUCAGUCCAUUGAGUCGGAAGCGAGGGACCGGGUGAAUCUCACUCUUCCCAGGCAACAAUCUUUUGUUGUAUCUGAGAUCGCGAAAGUUUCAAAGGGGCCCGUGAUUCUGGUGCUCAUGUGCGGAGCUGGAAUGGACGUUUCCUUCGCCGUUAAGGAUCCGAAAAUCACAGGCAUUCUUUGGGUCGGAUUCCCCGGCGAAGCGGGUGGCGCCGCCAUUGCUGAUGUUCUCUUUGGAUACCAUAAUCCAAGUGGAAGGCUACCAAACACAUGGUACCCACAAGCAUUUGCAGACAAUAUUUCCAUGGUUGAUAUGCGGAUGAGACCCGACCCGAAAGCGGGCUACCCGGGCCGCACAUACCGCUUCUACACCGGGCCGACCGUGUUCAAGUUCGGGUACGGGUUGAGCUACACCAAAUUCGAGCACACAAUGCUCGAGGCUCGAGAAACCGUGACCCUCUCCCUCGAGGAAGGGCACGCGUGUCGAUCCACGGCCUGCGAGUCAAUCGAGGCCACGGAUCGGCUCUGCGUCAGCUCGGGGUUGAUUGACUUCCGCGUGAGGGUCAAGAACGCAGGACCUGUGCACGGGGCCCACACGGUCCUUCUGUUCUCGGCCCUGCCACGCGUGCACGGCGCCCCACGCAAGCACUUGGUGGGGUUCGAGAAAGUCGAGUUGGGCCCGAACGAAGCGGAGACGGUGAGAUUUGGGUUGGACGCGUGUAAGGAUUUGAGUGUGGUGGAUGAGUUUGGGAAGAGGAGAUUGGCGUUGGGACUUCAUGUUCUUCACAUUGGUCAUCUCAAACAUUUGUUGACGGUGAGGAUUUGAUCAUAUGACUAUUCUUUUCCAUUAUUUGGAUGAGUUCCAUAAAACUUGUAAUGUGUUGAAGGCAAUUGUAACAAAGAUUUUUUUUAUUCCUUUCCAAGGGUUCAACUUGUGAAAUUCAAAUGCCGGAUAUCAAUGAAAUGGGACUCUUUUU